CAGCGAGCCGAGCGGCAGGAGACGCGCGAGGGGCCCAGUCCGCCGCCGCCUCCAGGAUCAUCGGCAUCAGCCUCCAAGAAGCUCAGCAGAUCCUCAACGUCUCGAACCUCAACCCAGAGGAGAUCCAGAAGAACUACGACCACUUGUUCAAGGUGAACGACAAGUCAGUGGGAGGCUCCUUCUACCUGCAGUCCAAGGUGGUGAGAGCCAAGGAGCGGCUGGAUGAGGAGCUCCGCAUCCAGGCCAAGGAUGAGAAGCAAAAGGGGUGGAAAGCCGAGACGUGACUCCUGCUGCCCCCACGCCCCUCCCCCUUAACUUAUAGGUAGCCAAUAAAUGCUGUGACCUCC